AUGCCUCAGAGUUACAUGAGUGAGCUCUACGCAUUUGAGGAGGAGCUUCAGGACCCAAGAGAAGCCUACUACUUGGAGCAGGGGCAGCUGUUUAGGGCUGAGGAGGAGGAGGAGCUGGAGGCCUCUUCUGGGUCCCUGAGUUCUCCCAGCACCUGCUCCUCCCCAGUGGUCCUGGGUGCUGCUCCCUGGAGCCAGUCUGAGGAGGAGAGCACCAGCAGCCAGGAGGAGGAAGGGCUGGGCGCCUCGCAGGGGGCCGCAGCAGCCUCGGUCUCCCCGCAGGAAGCACUGCAGGGGAAGAUAGCUAACCUGGUGUGCUUCCUGCUGUUCAAGUACCGCGUCAAGGAGCUGGUCACCGAGGCGGAAAUGGUGCAUGUGGUCCUCGGCGGUGACCAGGAGCACUUCCCUGUGGCCUUCCGCCAGGCCUGCGAGUGUCUGCAGCUGGUCUUCGGGCUGGAGGUGCAGGAAGCAAACCCGGAUGGCGACACCUAUGUCGUGAUCAUCGCCCUGGGCCUCACCUACGACGGGCUGACCAGCCCUGAGGAGACCUUGCCCAAGACGGGCCUGCUGGUGAUGGUCCUGGCCGUGGUCCUCCUGGGUGGCGACCGUGCCUCCGAGGCGCACGUGUGGGAAGCUCUGGGGGCCGUGGGGGUGCAUGAGGGGGUGGAGCACUUCAUCUACGGGGAGCCCAGGGAGCUCCUCACCGAAGUGUUGGUGCAGGAGCACUACCUGGAGUACCGGCAGGUGCCCCACAGUGAUCCCCCCCGCUACGAGUUCCUGUGGGGCCCCCGGGCUCACGCCGAGACCAGCAAGGUGGGAGUCCUGGACUUUUUUCUCAGGGUCAAUAGCAGGGAUCCCAGGUACUUCUGA